UCCAACUUCCCAACUCUCUCUCCCUCGCUCUAUUAACUCAUCUACUCUCCCUUCUCUCUCUCAAAUUUCACACACUCACUGAACCCAAAAAACACGCACAAGGCGCUCCCACAAGACACCAAAAUGGAGAGCCAAAGCAAGUGGAGCAAGGGCGGGGCAGUAGCGCCGCGGGGUGACGUCAAGGUGGCGGAGCACCCACCGAAGGCCGCUGUCAGGUGUCCUGAUCUGCUGCUGCGCGCCCUAGCGCUGGCGCUCACUCUGGCGGUUGCCAUCAUGGUCGGCGUCGACAAGGAGUCCAAGACGGUGUCCGUCGUCAUCUCCCAGAGCCUCACAUUGCACGUCCCCGCCACCGCGAAGUGGCAAUACAUGUCCGCCUUCGUAUACUUCCUGGUGUCGAAUAUCGUCGCAUGCUCAUACGCGGCUGCAUCCCUCGUGUACAUCACCGUUGCCGGGGCCACCCGCAGUGCCAAAGCGUCUCUGGCCAUCAAUGUGCUUGACACUGUCAUGAUGGGCCUGCUUCUGUCUGCCAGCGGCGCGUCCGCCGCCAUCGGCGUGAUCGCCCAGUACGGCAACUCCCACGUGCAGUGGAACAAGGUCUGCCACAUGUUCGACAGCUACUGCCACCAGAUGGUGGCGGCAUUCGCGCUGUGUCUCGUCGGCUCGUUCGUGUUCCUGCUGCUUGCCGUGCUCAACGUCAUGGACCUCCACAAGAAGGCAUUGUAAGAGAUGGAAAACUGAAGUUAACUAGAGACCUAAAGUUAUCAAUAGUAUUUGGUAGGGAAGGUUAAUAUUUGUGUGGCUAGGGUUUUUGAUUUUAUCUCAUUGGCGAGUGGAAGGUGCAUGAUGGGUAGGUUUGAAGGGUAAGUAUUAAAUGCAUGGGGCUGUUGUUUGGCUCGUAGUAAA